AUGUAUAGCGCAUCCCAUCAGGUUUCCGCGCCUAUUAAUGGUGAAAUCAUUGAUGGCUCAGGUACUAUAAACCCAGCUGCGCUGAGCUCGACCGCGUCACUUGCUGCGCCCAACAAUGCGCCAUCAAACACCAGUCCCCGGGGAAUCAAGCGAAGUCGAUCUCCGGAUCAGUAUGGUGAUGCCGGAGCAGAUGGUGGUGAACAUGACGAUCCUGGCGUUCACCCAGAUGAACACGGUCGGCGCAAGCGUGGUCGGCCACCAAAGACGUCGCGCCCACCACAAACUACCACUACUACCAACACCUCGAAUACACGCUACGUUACACCCACUCACCAAAAUCCUCCAACUGUAGCCGGUGCAAUUCAAACACCACAAUUGCAGCCCCAACCGCUCCCUAAUCAGACACCUAUUUCUCCUCCACAACAUUCGCCGCCUUCAAAGACAACACCUACCAAAUCCCUAGUCAAAGCCCUACCCACAGUCCGUGACCACACGACAGACACUUUAAACGAAGGUCGCGAUGAGUAUCUUCCUAAAGAGUGGGACGAUGCUGGCGAGAAGAAAGUCGAUCUCCAAGGCUAUCUGCAGGAUGGUCGUGAGUAUAGAUGCCGAACUUUUCGGGUGCCCGGUCGCGCCAACAAAUUGUUCAUGCUGGCUACCGAGUGUGCCCGAGUUCUCGGCUACCGCGAUUCGUACUUGCUAUUCAAUAAGAACCGAUCCCUAUAUAAGAUUAUCGCAAGUCAAAUCGAAAAGGAUGACCUCAUCCAGCAAGACAUCCUACCCUAUUCAUACAGAUCCCGUCAGAUUGCCAUUGUCACUGCUCGAUCUAUGUUCCGUCAGUUUGGCAGCCGGGUCAUUGUGAACGGUAGGCGAGUACGUGACGAUUAUUGGGAGAGCAAGGCGAGGAAGCAAGGCUUUACCGAGGAAGAUUUGGCCGGGGAGAAACGACCAGGCGCUGCCAAGGCUCGAGAUGCUGCUGCUGCUGCCGAGGCUGCUGCAAAUGCAGGCGUUCUUCCAGGCCUUGGUCAGAGCGACGUUGUGUAUAGCAAUACGAUUGAGGGAAUGCCCCAUCUGCCCCCCGGUAUAAAUAGUCAUCAAGGAGUCUCCCUAGCUCCUCUUCCCAUGAUACAUUUAGCGCCUUCCACAGAUGACCCGAGACUUCGAGAAUACAGUUCCAUGCCUCGUCAAAGACAGGAGAUGACGGGCCAACCAUAUCAAGACCGGUCUCAACCCAGCACUGCCGCAGAAAUUCGCAACCAGGCAACACAGACAGCAGAGUUCAGCAAGAUUUUAAAUUCUCAGCGAGCAUUCAGGCAAAAGGGAUUAGAAGAUUUCUACGCAACGCCUCGGGAAGUGCCUACUUCAUCGCCAUCUCAUGCCGAUGUCGUUGCCGCGCCAGUAUCUCAGCCGCUACAGUCACCGCAUAUGACGUCGUCAGGAGCCAUCAUGAACCCAGCAUCGCAACAACACCGCAAUAUCCUUACUGGUCAACCACAAACACAGAUGAUGACAGCGCCAACUCAAAGUAUGUAUAGUCAGCAAACCCAGCCCGCACCGCACAUAGCAACACAGUCACCCCUAUCAAGCGGCAUGCAUGGCAUGCGACCUGAUGUGUUGCACUCGAGAACAGCGAACCCGGCAGCACUCUCGUCAGCGGCAUCGCAAACCACGCCUUAUGGCUAUCAGACGCAGUCACAGCCAAUGUGGGGACAACCUCCGCCGCAACCACAACAUGCUCUAUCUGCCUCGCCCCAUAUGGGAAUGCCACAGUAUGCAGGUCAACUACCACAGCAAAGCCCAUCACCACACCCAGGCAGCGGCCAACAAGCACAUCAUCCGUCGCAGUCUCCGCACAACCAGGUAAGGCCGACACAAGCAAUGCCGCAAGGAAUCCCGAUGCACCCGCAGGUAGGACAGCCGGGUAUGGCAUCGAUGGGAUAUCAGGGUGGCGGAGUUGCAUAUAGCAAUGUCACCAAUCCUCGGGCCAUGUACGCACCAACACAGCCUCCCGGUCAACAACAAUAUGUUCCCACUCAGGCGGCGGGGAUGACGAUGGCAAUAGGGGCCGGAGUAGGCGUGCCCGGCUGGCCUUCUCCAGCUGGAGGACACAUGCAAUCCGGGCAACCGCAGCAGGGCCAGUCUGGCAGUCCAUUGGGGGGAUGGUCAAGCUAUUAG